AUGGUUUUGAAUAAGUUGUACCUGCUCAGCAUCCUGAUGCUGUUUUACGUUACCACCCUAUGUUUACACAUAAAACUACCAAAUGAGGAUGAGGACUACUUGGGCAAAUUAAUUAACAUUUCGAAGAAAAUAACACAAUAUGCACGAAACAAUAAGGUGAAAAUUGCCAAAGUUUUAGCAACAUCGGCCCUUUCAGCCUACUCACUUAGUUGGGUAUACCAGUCUGGUGUCACAUUGCAAAGUGACCCACACUACUCCCUGUUCGUUCCCUCCAACAGCUACAUAAACAGUGCCAUUAAAAGGAUUAAAAAAAAUUAUCAAGUGAAAAAGUAUACAUUUAAAGAGAACAAAAUUUUCGAAAGGAAUUUCCACCAUGGUUAUGGCAAUUCAGAAAUGGGACGAAUAUAUGCUGUGAACAAUUUGGUUAAUUUUUUAAAUUUUUUACCCUACAAGUGGAGAAAAAAAUGUACAUACAACUUUUGUAAAUAUAAAGAAUUUGAAAAUGUGGAAAACCUUUUUGACUACAUCAAAAUAGGGAAGCAUGAAGGACCCAUUUUGCUGUUCCAGGGGAAAUUAAAAAAAAAGUUCUGGAUACAUUUGCCACUAAAGUAUGAAAUUGUGAAAGGGGGGGAAGGCUCUCUUUGCACACUUACUUUUACUCCGUUACACAAAUAUUACUCUGAUUAUAUUGUCGAGAUAAAACUGGUGAAGGAGAAGGAAACGAAUAACGUAACUUUUAUCACCUCUGUUAAGUCCGCCAACAAAAAUGAUGAGAAGGGAAACUCCUUCUACAUAAGUGUGGUUAAAAAUAUUGCCAUGUUUUUAACAUAUGACAUCUUUGAAGGAAUAAAUAACAACAUCCAUGUGGUGCACAGAAGGAAUGCAAAUUGUGGGAAAACGAUGUUUACCAGAUCGAAUGUCACUUUAAAAAGGAAAAAAAAAAAAUCUUCAGUUCGUCCUCUCGCCAGUCAUCACCCCGUGGAGUUAUAA